AUGUCCAAUAUAGAAGGUGGUGGGGUGGAAAGGAAUUGUUGUAGCUUUCAAGCGAUUAGACCACUUGGUGGAAUUGACAAAGAAGGAUUAUACCAUGCAGCAAGUGUUGUAUUGGCAAGUCCAUUCCUGAUCGCGUAUUUGAUAUAUAAAUGGCAUAGGAGGCAUUUAUCGGUGUAUGACAGUAUUGAAGAAUUUCUUCAAGGCCAAAACAACCUCAUGCCAAUAAGGUAUUCUUACUCAGAAAUUAAGAAGAUCACUAAAAGUUUUAAGGACAAAUUGGGUGAAGCAGACUUUGGCACUGUAUUUAAAGGAACACUUCGAAGUGGUUGUGUUGUAGCUAUAAAGAUAUUAAGUAAGUCCAAAACUAAUGGGCAAGACUUUAUUAACGAGGUAGCAACAAUUGGAAGGAUUCACCAUGUUAACGUAGUGCGACUUAUCGGUUAUUGUGUUGAAGGAUUAAAGCGGGCUCUUGUAUAUGAGUUCAUGCCUAGUGGGUCUCUAAAUAAUUAUAUUUUCUUGCAAGAAGGAAAUAUCCUUUUAAGUUACGAUAGAAUGUACGAUAUUGCUCUAGGAGUGGCUCGUGGGAUUCAAUAUUUGCAUCAAGGAUGUGAAAUGCAGAUUUUGCAUUUUGAUAUCAAGCCUCACAAUAUUCUUCUUGAUGAGAACUUUACUCCAAAGGUUUCUGACUUUGGCUUGGCAAAACUAUAUCCGGUAGAUCAAAGCAUUGUUUCUUUGGCUGCUGCAAGAGGGACAUAUGGAUAUAUGGCUCCUGAGUUGUUGUACAAAAACAUUGGAGGCGUUUCAUACAAAGCUGAUAUAUAUAGUUUUGGAAUGUUAUUGUUGGAAAUGGCUGGUAGAAGAAAGAACUUGAAUGCAUUUGUUGACCAUUCAAGCCAAAUUUACUUCCCUACUUGGGCUUAUGACCAGUUGCAUGAUGGAAAGCACAUAGAAAUGGAAAAUUCUACAGAGGACGAGAAAAGAGUAGUUAAGAAGAUUAUCAUAGUAGCGUUAUGGUGUAUACAGUUGAAGCCUAGUGAUCGUCCUUCAAUGCACAAAAUUGUAGAAAUGCUUGAAGGAGAAGUUGAAUUCUUACAAAUGCCUCCUAAACCUUCCCCAUCACCAACAGAAAGACCCACUAUUGUUGUUGUAGGGAAUUGA